AUGGCCCAGGCAUCAACAGACAGUUUGGACAGUAUCUCUGACCCGAAUGAUGUACUUCCGGAGCUCAAUGACGAAGAAAUUGGAGUUGCCUUUAAUAAGAUUACCAAAAUGUCCGUGGCGAGGGAUCAUCUACUCCCGCACUUCGUCGAGGUUUAUAAACAAUGUCAGCUGGUUCUUGAGAGAGACGCCCGCCCCGGUGGCACAAAAUGCCCCCAAAGAGCCGGUGCACAAUUUGGACUCACGUUUUGUCGAUAUGAUUUGGCCGACUAUGCUCGAGAAAUCGCCGAACGACUCGAACAAUCACUCCCAGUAUGCCCGGAGGAAAUCAUGGAGUUUCCAGAUGGAAGCACUGCAGCAGCAGCGUUCGCAGGGCUCAAACCAGAGCUUUUUCCCCUGGACGUCCGGUUCCUGGAAGUAAAUGCCCUUCUCGUCAAGAUUCAUCUUCUCUCGAGAAAUUGGGCAGACGCUUUCCGAUACAUGGACUGCAUCCACGGAGCGCUCCAAUCCGAACGAAAUCAAUGCCCAAAACGUUGGAACUGGAGCUGCUUCCAACCUGGCUCUACGUCAUCAACAUGA